AAGCAAUAAAAAUAAAAACGUAAGAAAUGGCCCGUCAGCAUAAAGGCACAUUGGCGGUUAUCGAACAAAUCUACAGCGAUAUUCCAGCCUUCACGGAUAUAUUUACAGAAGAAUCUUUUUAUAUUUUUGCGCUUUGUUUUGUUUGUGCUGCUGUAAUGGUGGCUUUUAUUUUGUCAAGAUUUAUUACUAUCAAACCAGUUGAAUACUGACUUGUUAUAUCACUAGAUCGUUAACGUAAAAUGAAUGAUGAAUGUUGAAAUUAAAAAGGGAUUGUAUUUAUUUCAUUAACUGAGGUUGCCUUAAAAUUUAUUUAUUUAAAAGGCAGUGUCAUCUGCUACUAAAAUACAAUGCUAGUUUUCGGUAAAAUUAACUUAAUCGAUUAGUUUGGUACAAUUAAAUUUAUGCACGUUUUGAAACCACAAAGUUAUUAAAGAUAUAUGUCUCUAAAUUCAAUCACGUUUUCCGUAAAUUGUAAUAUUCAUCGUCUUCAUUGAAUUGAUAUGUACUUAAUAUUUUGCUUCGAAUUUAUAGGCAAUAGUAGGUC